UGCACAAUGCCAGGCCUUGGCUAGCCUUAAAUGGAUAGGUCUAACCUCUCUCGCGAACUGGGAAAGUAUAAAUAUUGCUACGGUAUUUACCGUUUGUCACUCACACUCCUGCGUCUGAUGGGGGUAACAUAACCAUAGUGAGAUUAACUACACACCAUGAUCACUCUUGCACUCAUCGGGUCUGUAGUUCUGCUAUCAGCAUUCGCCUUCUACAAGUACAUGACAGCUAAUCAUGGAGUCUUCAAGAAAAUGGGCAUUGAACAUCAGCCGACCUCCUGGUUCUUCGGGAACUUCAACCUGGCCAUAAAGUAUGGCAUUUUCGAAGUUCAGAAGGUCUUCUACAAUAAAUACAAGGACAAAAAGGUGUAUGGAUGGUAUGACACCAGAAAGCCAGUGCUGGUUGUCAAAGAUUUGGACAUGAUUAAGGACAUUUUUGUCAAGAACUUUGCCAGCUUUGUCGACCGGUACAAUCUCUUCGAAGUCAAUCCACCGUUCCGCGACAACCUGCUGAACCUGAGAGGGGAACAUUGGAAGCACGUCCGUAACAUUGUCACUCCAGCGUUCAGUUCCGGUCGUAUCAAGAAGAUGACGUCACACAUUCACAGAAACGCUAAAAUAUUGCUAGACAACCUUCAGCACAUCUGUGAAACUGGACAGGAAGUGGAGCUGCGUGAUCUCAGUGCAUGCUUUACGUUGGACGUCAUCGCUAGCACUGGGUUCGGUCUGGAGAUUAAUACCCUGAAAGAUCCCAAAAAUAAAUUCGCCACAGAGGCACAGAAAGUGAUCAACCCUAAUCCUGUACUUUUUACAUUCGUACUUUUUAUACCGGAGCUGGGCAAGAUCUUCUCGAAAUUAGGCUUUCCGAUCCUGCCACAGAAGUCUAUGGACUAUUUCGCCCAGGUGGUGGAUCAAAUCAUAGAAAAAAGAAAAAGAGAUGGACUCAAUGGAAAAGUCAACGACUUUUUAGAUCUUGUGAUGAAUGCCGAGGCUGAAGCAGGACAUGGCGAAGGGCAAGAGUUAACAAGAACAGAGAUACAUGCACAGGCUCUACUUUUUAUUUUUGCUGGCUUCGACACAACAGCUACAGUCUUAUCAUUUACUUUGUUCUUCCUGGCCAUGAACCCGGAAGUUCUAAAGAAGGCUCAGCAGGAGGUGGAUGCCAAAUGCGGACAGGAUCUUCCAACUUACGAUACGGCUCAAACAUUGACCUACCUUGAUAUGUGUAUCAAUGAAUCUAUAAGAGUCGCCAGCCCGGCCAUAUUUAUCAAUAGGAGAUGUGUCCAGGACACCAACAUUCAAGGUAUUCACAUCCCAAAAGACAUGAUCAUCCUUAUACCUAUCUGUGCUAUACACUCUGACCCGGAAAUAUACCCUGAUCCUGACAAGUUCGACCCUGAACGGUUCAAUUCUGAAAACAAAGCCACAAGACAUCCAUACGCUCAUUUGCCUUUCGGCCAAGGGCCAAGAAAUUGUAUUGGAAUGAGGCUGGCACUGUUGGAACUGAAGAUUGUCAUGGCCGCCAUAUUGCAAAAGUUUUCCCCUGUACCUUGCAGUAAAACAGUCUAUCCAAUCAAAUUAAGUAAAGUUAGGCCCAGAGCCCAAGAUGGAUUGUGGGUAAAGUUUGAACAAAGAAAGAAGUAAUCGAAUAUCUAAAAUUGUGCUGACUUUGAUCUAUUUAAUAGGAAUGUUGUUGUUGUUUUUUCCUUUUUGUCUUAAGUGAAUCGACGUUAAGAGAUAAAUGGCUAAAUUUUAUAUAAAAUUAAUAAUUGUUCUUUUGUGUGAUGUUCGGAUUGUACGUCGAUCCUAUCAGGACAGUUUAUACGUUUGUGUGAGAAAGGGUACAUUUUUGGUUUAUUGUAUUCUUGUGGGAAGCGUGGUCAAGAAGCUUAGUACGCUUGAACUUGACUUGAUCUGGCUACCUAUGAAGGGGGCUACGGUUUCGACACCCGACUCGAGCAGAGUUGUGUUUACUGAGCGCUUCAAGGCAGCACGGAAAACCUUCUCCCAGAUACCCCCUCACCCCCAAUGGUCCACAAAUGAGAUUGGACCAUAGCACUAUGGGUAUGCUAUAAGCAUAAAAGUAGCGCUAUAAAAAAGCUAUACAUAUAUAUUAUUAUUUUUUGCAUAAAUUUUUUAUUACUUUUUUAUUCUCUCGUACCUGGAUUGUAUGAGCUUCAACCUAUAGACAAUGAUUUAAUAUGUAACAAUAGAAAAUGCAUAUUUUAGAAGAAUGUAUCUAUAAUAACGGUUACUGUUUUGAUGUCUAUGCAUUUGUUGAUUUGACUACCAUUAUUAUCAGGUUUCUCCAUUUACUUUGGUUGACAUGAUUAGAAAUUUAUUGUCAUCCUCUAGUCAGUACGCUUAAAAUACGGAGUAAAAGAGGUAUUAUUUCACGAGUCAUAACAUCAGUGUUAUUUAUGUAACUCGACUAAGUGAUUCGCAAGAAAUAUAGAAAUAGAUGUGUUACAUAUUUUACAUUUUAAUUUGUUGAAAUUAAAUAGGUGGGUGGAUACAUUUUAUAACAUCAUGCAAUAUAUUUUAUGCUUUGCAUGCGGCUCUGUAUCGUUCAGACUCCAAUAUUAAAUCAGGUUUAAAAAUAUGAAUUACGAAAAUCUAAACAGCGAGCUGUCUGAUCUGGGUUUGUAGAGUUUGUAUUGACCAGUAGAUAGCUUGAAUAUUUCUGUGAGCGUACUAUUACUUAGCUUAGCUCAUUUUGACAGACCUACAGUUAUAGAAACUAAAUAUUGAAGCUGCGUAGAUAGAAUAGAAAUGUUUAAUUCAGAAGUAGAAAGGUCAAGUCCCAGUCACUAUAACGUUGAAGAUGUUACUUCUAAGAAAGCCUAGUCUCCACUGUCUGUUUAUCUAAGUCUAAUCUACAGUCUCGCUUUGGAUUAAUGUCGUCAUAAUUGGGCGUUCACCAGAAGUCGCAUAAAGAGCGUCUCUACAACAGAUUCCGACAUAGCGAUAUUAUUCAUUAACAUUACUCCAGACUCUUAAAACAGUGCCUUUGCUAUGAUGUCAAUAAAAUUGCUUGAAGAUAA